UCUCUAUUAUUCGACGAUCGGCUUACGGACAAAAACCCCCGACUGACGACUCCUCACAUUCUCUUCUCAUCAUCGUCUCUCGACACCCUGUGGCUUCGGUUCCUGCUCGAUCCGGUGAAGCGGCGAACGAGGUGAACGGAAGCAUACCAAGAUCUGUCCUUGCAUUUGCUGAAACGAUCUUAGGUUCUGGCACAUUACGGAACUGCGAGGUCUUUUGCCAAAGCGAGUACUGUUUCCUUUCUAUAGCCUCUGCUAUUAGCCUCGGCGAUUUCGCCGUGCACUAGCCGCGGCUUCGAUAGGUGCGGCGGCAUCGAAUAUUUGGCUCAAAGCUUCAGAAGAGGGUUGCGCUCUAUCUUCCAAAACGACAAACAUUUGCAACAUCUCAACUGAUAAUUCACAAUGAUGACAUCAGCUCGGAUGCCUAGUACACCAGCCUCAAAGAUUGAAAGGAUGCCAAUCUGUACCCCUGGAGGUUCUAAAGUAAAAGAGGAGAAAAUUUUUGUCACCGUGCGUGUUAGGCCACUGAGUAAAAAGGAGCUAUCACUUAAAGACCAAGAAGCAUGGGAAUGUGUUGAUGACAAUAAAAUUGUGUUCAAGAUGGCAGCUCAGGAUCGCUCCAAUUUACCAACUUCAUAUACCUUUGACAGGGUAUUUGGACCUACCUGUUUAACUGAGAGAGUCUAUGAAGAAGGAGCUAAGGAUGUUGCAUUGUCAGCACUAACCGGAAUUAAUGCUACAAUCUUUGCUUAUGGGCAGACUAGCAGUGGAAAAACAUAUACCAUGAGAGGGAUAGCUGAAAAAGCUGUAAAUGAUAUUUAUAAGCACAUACUUGAUACUCCAGAGAGGGACUUUACUGUCAAAAUUGCAGCUAUGGAGAUAUAUAAUGAGAUAGUGAGGGAUCUACUUAAGCCAGAUUCUGGCCCCCUUCGCUUGCUAGAUGAUCCUGAGAGAGGGACAAUUGUUGAUAAGUUGGAGGAAGAAACAGUAAAAGAUAGUCAGCAUUUGAGACAUCUAAUUGAAAUAUGUGAAGCACAAAGGCAAGUUGGUGAAACAGCCUUGAAUGAUAACAGUUCCAGAUCACACCAAAUAAUAAGGCUGACAGUGGAAAGUGUUAUGCGUGAGAAUUCAGACUGUGUUAAGUCGUUUGUUGCGAGCCUGGUAAAUUAUUUUUGCCUUCCUUUGAUGGUUGUCCUUGUUCUUGAAAUAUUUAGAGCUCAGUAUUUCCCCCUGCAGAACUUUGUGGACCUUGCAGGAAGUGAGAGGGCUGGACAAACCCAUGCAAGUGGGUCUAGGCUCAAGGAAGGGUGUCAUAUAAAUCGCAGCUUGUUGAAUCUUACGACAGUAAUCAGAACCUUGAGUCAAGGGAAACAAGGUGUUCAUAUUCCAUAUCGAAAUUCAAAGCUGACACGUAUAUUGCAGAGCUCUCUAGGAGGGAAUGCAAGGACUGCAAUAAUUUGCACUAUGAGUCCAGCACUAGGUCAUGUAGAACAAUCUCGAAAUACAUUGUUUUUUGCAACUUGUGCUAAGGAAGUAAUGAACACGGCACGAGUGAAUGUGGUUGUUUCCCAAAAACAGUUGGUUAAACAGCUGCAGAAGGAAGUAGCGAGACUUGAAGCAGAAUUGCGCACGCCAGAAGCUUCUGCAAGCUUUGAAGCUCUUCUAAUGGAGAAAGAGUUGAAAAUUAAGCAGAUGGAAAUGGAGAUGGAAACUCUGAAAAGAGAAAGGGACCUUACCCGAUCCCAAUUAGAUCAAUUACGUUCUAAAGUGGGUAAUUGUCAGGGAUUGAAUCCAUUUGAUUCUCUGCCUCAAGGUUUGAAUCCAUUUGAUUCAUCCCCUUGUCGAGUGGUAAAAUCUCUUACCUUUUCCGGCUUGUCACCAAAUGGAAAUGACAAGAGUCACAAAAAGGCAGAACGGACAAGAAACCCGAUGAGGCAAUCUUCAACUAUUCCAUCGAUGCUUGUGCAUGAAAUACGAAAACUUGAACAAUUACAAGAGCAGCUUGGAGAGGAGGCUAAUAGAGCUCUAGAGGUUUUGCAGAAAGAGGUGGCUUGUCAUAGACUAGGUAACCAAGAUGCUGCUGAAACUAUUGCCAAACUUCAAGUAGAAAUUCGAGAAAUGCGUACCUUCAAAUCCCCUAAUACAGAGGUUGGCACCUGCAGCAUGGAUGCCAACCAGAAUACGGGAGCAAACCUGAAAGAAGAAAUUACAAGACUCCAUACACAGGGAAGUUCCAUUGCCAGUCUUGAGGAGAAGUUGGAAAGUGUCCAGAAGUCUUUAGACAAGCUAGUCAUGUCUCUUCCUGGCAACAAUCAUUCUAAUGAAGCGACUCCAAAAUCUUCAAAGUCCCAAAUCAAGAAGAAGAAGAUGCUUCCUUUGACCAUGAGUAGCAAUGUUAACCGACCUCAUCUUAUAAGAGCCCCAUGCUCGCCUUUGUCAGCCUCCCGGCAGGUGUUGGAAUCUGAGGUGGAGAACAGGGUCCCAGAAAGUGAUACUGAAUCCCACGAGAACAUAUUGGGUUCAGAGAAAGCUACUCCAUCUAAGAGCGAAGAUGGUGGAGAUAUCUCAUCAAGGGAUGGCACACCGCGCUAUCAUCGUUCCAGUUCUGUAAACAUGAAAAAGAUGCAACAAAUGUUUCAGAAUGCUGCAGAAGAAAAUGUGAGGAGCAUAAGAGCGUAUGUCACAGAACUAAAAGAACGAGUGGCUAAGCUUCAGUAUCAAAAACAGCUGUUGGUUUGCCAGGUGUUGGAACUAGAGACGAACGAGUCUGCAGGACAUGAUGCAGCAGAGGGUGAUGAUAAUAUGUCAGAACUAGAUAAAUCCCCCGAUGCAUGGAAUCUCAGAUUCGAGGAGCAAAUGCAUCAGAUCAUUAAUUUAUGGGACAUUUGCCAUGUAUCAAUAAUACACCGUACCCAAUUUUAUUUGCUUUUCAGAGGUGCCCCUGCUGAUCAGAUAUACAUUGAAGUAGAAGUUAGAAGAUUGACAUGGCUGCAACAGCACUUCUCUGAAAUCGGUAAUGCGAGUCCUGCUCAAUUGGGGGAUGAUUCCACAAUUACUCUCUCCUCAAGUAUUAAAGCCUUGAGACAUGAAAGGGAGUUCCUGGCUAAGAGGAUGCAAUCAAGAUUGACCGAGGACGAACGACAGCGAUUGUACAUCCAGUGGCAAGUGCCCCUCGAAGGGAAGCAAAGAAAGCUUCAGCUGGUCAACAAGCUGUGGACAGACCCAAACGAUACAGCCCACAUUGAAGCAAGUGCUGAUAUAGUGGCUCGCCUGGUAGGUUUCUGUGAGGGAGGAAACGUGACCAAGGAGAUGUUUGAACUCAAUUUUGCACUGCCUUCUUGCAAAAAACCAUUGCUUCUUGGUUGGCAGCCUAUAUCAAACUUUCUAAGGCUAUGAUUUGGAGCCUUUCAGGGAAUGUCAUACUCCAUGAGGUCAUCCUAAUGCUGUGAUAGAGGUAGAAGUGAGUUAGCUGGGAUGGUCUCAGGCUCUCAACUAACAAAGAGGACAUGCUGGGGGCAAAACGGAGGCGAAGUCGUUUCCAAAAAUAUAGGAAAUCAAUUGUAUUCGAAGAUAAUUAGAAUGCAGUUGCUCUGUAUAAAUGGUGCAGUUGAAUGAGCAUUUUUUCUCGCGGAGAAACAUUAAAAUGUACGUUGAUUCUUUCUGCUUAUUUCAUACGUGUUAGCCUGUUGUAGAUUA